AUGUGGAAAGUCAUCAGUUAUUCAGUAGUAUAUCGUGUUGCGUUGGCUGAUUUUGAGUGGGGAUCGGAAGAUACCAAGGAGAGCACUCCCAACUCUGCAACUGUAAAGUAUACUGAUUUUUUGUCAGCAACAGCCUCAGGGAAGGUUGAAGGAGUCAAGGGUCCUGGAAAACUUGCUACUCCAUUUGAGAGAACAAAAGUGGCAGCUUACACUAUUGGUGCCAUGACACCAUGCAUGAGAUUAUAUGCGUUUCUGGGCAAGGAGUUCCUGGCACUCUUAGAUGCCAACAAAGACAGUCACCCAUACAAAAAGUGGAUUGAAUACUCGUCUGAGGGUUUUCAGGCAGCAGCUCUGCAAAUUGAAGACUUGCUGGAUAAACUAAGUGUCUCUUUGACAGGUGAGGAGCUUGACGUCAUUGAAAACCUUUAUCACCAAGCCAUGAAACUUGAAAUAGAGUUCUUUCUUGCCCAACCACUUGCCCAGCCUGCCAUUGUCCCCUUGAUUAGAGAUCCCAGUUUGGCAGCAAAUUGCCUUAUGUUAUUUUCUGAUUUUGAUCUGACUUGCACAGUCGUUGAUUCUUCUGCCAUUUUGGCUGAGAUUGCUGUAGUUACUGCUCCAAGAACUGAUACAAGUCAGUCUGAAAGUCAACUUGCUAGGAUGUCAUCAGCUGAACUGAGGAAGACAUGGGACAUCCUUUCCAGACAGUAUACAGAGGAGUAUGAACAACGCAUAGAAAGCAUUAUGCCAGCUGAAAAAGCGGAGGCAUUUGAUUAUGAAGCUCUGGCUAAAGCACUCCAGCAGCUGUCCGACUUUGAGAAACGGGCAAAUUCCAGAGUGAUUGAGUCCGGGGUCCUUAAGGGUCUGAAUCUUGAAGACAUAAAAAAAGCUGGUGAGAGGAUGAUUCUUCAGGAUGGUUGCGCCAGUUUCUUCAAGAAACUCAUCAAGAAUGAGAUGGUGGAUGUCAAUGUCCAUGUGCUCUCGUACUGUUGGUGUGGUGAUUUAAUUAGAUCAGCAUUUUCUUCAGGGGAUUUACAGCUUCUGAAUGUACAUACAAAUGAGUUGACUUUUGAUGAGUCUUUUUCUACUGUUGAAAUUGUUGAAAAGAUGGAAUCUCCCAUUGACAAGGCCAAAACAUUUGAUGAAAUUUUGAAGAACAAGGAGGACGAUAAGAGGAACUUGACCAUCUACAUUGGAGAUUCAAUAGGAGACAUACUUUGCCUCCUUAAGGCAGAUAUUGGAAUUGUGAUUGGGUCAAGCUCAAGCCUACGGAAGGUGGGAAGUCAGUUUGGAGUUUCUUUCGUCGAACUUUACCCCGGGUUAGUCAAGAAGCAGAAAGAGUACAGCGAAGGGAGCUCUGCUGAUUGGAAGGGUUCAUCUGGCAUUCUUUAUACUGUUUCUAGUUGGGCUGAAAUACAUGCAUUUAUUUUGGGAUGGUAG